AAAAUUCGUGUUUGGUCUGCAAUUUACUUUCUCAUUGAUAGAUUCGACAGGACUAGUUGUCACUUUUUCUUCCAUCUAGAAGGAGAAGCACCUUGCUUCAGUUUCGUCUAUGUACAGAAAGAAGAAUGCAGGCUAUAAAGAAGUUGAUCGACCAGGCGAAGAACUUGGGUGCUUCGAAUGUUUUUGAGCGGAAUCCGCCAAUACCAGACACGCUUCUUCGUGACGGCGAUGGGCCUGAUUCGGUUACAUUAGACACUCUCCAGACUCGCGGAAGCGAGACAGCUCGACGAAGCGCGGCUGCGUACAGACACACGAGACGGGCUUUGGGCCACGCAGAUGCGCUUAGUGUGGACACUUCGCAAUUGUUGGAACGAUUGGCGUAUUUGCGGCAAUACCCAGAAGACUUUUGCCAGGUGCGAAGAGUCCAUCUGAAAAGCGAAAGUGAGGUACUUCAAUCGCCUGUUUGUUUUUGUUCACGUAUGAUUUAUAAUUUUGGUUCUUCACCUCUGACUGUUGCUAUCUCAUAUACUUUCUUUUAUUUUUCUUCGAAACAAUGUACUAUGACAAGCAUUCCGUCCCUCCCUCACCUAGGACGUCUACCCUGUUGUCGACGAGGCAGAACCAUUGGACCUUGAAUUGGAUGAGUUAGCACAGUCUGCACGUAACGGCCGUGUAGACGAGGAUGUUUUGCUUUCUAGAAUCGAAGGCAAAAAAAGAGCAGCGGAUCAGCAGAAUCUCGAAACUAUUGAGUUAAGAUUCAAUUGUGGGAAGUAUUGUGAAGUAGGACGUAGCGAAAAUAUCAAACCUCUUAUCGUUGUGAUUCGCAACAACUUCGCAUCGACGACCCUAGUAAAUGAAUAAUUGGUUCACAGAUCAUAUCUUCCAUUUUGACUUUCAUUCUUGAUACAUACCUUCCAACGUCAACAUCAUAUUGAUUUCUAAUCCUCGCCCGCAACAAGGACGUAGAAGCUCGCCGGCUGGCACGAAUCAAGAGGACUGAAAGAUGGCAAGCGGAGAAAUUGGCACGACAAAGCGCUGAGAUCGACGAGCAGGUGCCUAAGGCUCAAGAACGGUUAUUCUUAGACGCUGCAGAGAGAAGAAAACGGCGACCGCAGAUUGUAGGAGAACAGCGACAAGCUUUAUUGGAAAGCAUGGGUGCGGAAGUUGCAGCGGAAGCAGAACAAGUGGAGAAAAUAGAAGUGGAACGAGGAACUCUAGGGGUUUCUUUUAAUGAUAGCGCCGCAAAUCAAUCGCAUCCUGUCCCUCCAGAAGCAUCUUCUUCAAGCAACGACGAUUCAAGUGUGCCUGAAGAAACGAGGAAUCAAGAUAUUAAAGUAGACGAUGCUCCUGGAGGUCGCGCUAUAGUAAAUGCAGGAGACGAGAAACAAGAGCUGGGACCUUCAGCAUUGCUGGAGAUUGGUCGCGAAGGCAAAGAACAAAAUGCUGAAGAUAGACUUGCUGAAAAGAUGCUAGCAGUACCAGAAUCUUCUAAGCAGACUAUGCGUCAGCACAUACAGACUGCCCAAUUUUUGGAGUUACCAACUUAUUCUUCCGGUCUGCUGUCUCCAGGAGAGCAUGUGAGGGCUUCGCUGCUGCCACGAGGAGGUCC